AUGGGGGAGAAGGAGAAAAAGAAGACAAAUUCAAAUGACGGAUUCGUCAUUCAACCAACUAGCACCCCACCACCGAUCGACACCAGCAAGUGGCCCCUACUCCUCAAGAAUUACGAUAGGCUUAACGUCAGAACGGGGCACUACACGCCGCUGCCCUUCGGAAGCAGCCCACUGGCGCGGCCACUGCAGCAACAUCUGAACUACGGGUCUUUGCUGCUAGACAAGCCCGCAAAUCCUUCAUCACACGAGGUUGUCGCGUGGCUGAAGAAAAUCCUGCGGGUUGAAAAGACAGGCCACAGCGGCACCCUGGACCCGAAGGUGACAGGCUGCCUGCUCGUGUGUAUUAACAGGGCAACACGACUCGUGAAGAGUCAACAAAGCGCGGGGAAGGAAUACGUUGCCGUCGCUCGUUUUCACUCCAAACCAGAAAGCAAAGCCAAGGUGGCGCGGGCACUGGAGACCCUUACUGGCGCUCUCUUCCAAAGGCCACCUGUUAUUUCUGCUGUCAAGCGGCAGCUUCGUAUCAGGACGAUAUACGAGUCUGAGAUACUGUCUUACGACGAGGAAAAGCACUUGAGUGGAAAUUUGCAAGAAGACGGGAACCUCGUCACGCUGCACGAUGUCCUCGAUGCGAUGUAUGUCUACGACGCAUUCCGAGACGAAACUUACUUGAGAAGAAUUAUCUUCCCAUUGGAGAUGCUCCUAGUGGGCCUUCCCCGUAUCGUGGUGAAGGACUCAUGUGUCAACGCCAUUUGUUACGGCGCAAAACUCAUGAUUCCUGGUGUGCUAAGGUUUGAAAAUAACAUUGAAGUCAACGCAGAAGUUGUCCUCAUGACGACAAAGGGAGAAGCCAUUGCGCUAGGUGUAGCGCAGAUGUCAACGCCAGUUAUAGCUAGCGUUGACCAUGGGGUUGUGGCUGCGGUGAAGCGGGUGUUGAUGGAUCGGGACACUUAUGCGAUGCGGUGGGGCUACGGGCCGCGUGCGUCUGAGAAGAAGAAGAUGAUUUUGGGGGGACUGUUGGACAAGAAAGGAAGACCUAACGAGAACACGCCCAAAGAAUGGCUCAAGACAGAAGGGUUCCUCCCCAAAUUAACGGGAGAACCGCAAACACCGCAAGCACCAACUCCUCCCGCCGUGAAAGCAGAACGGGAAGAGCAGCCAGCAGCAACGGAAACAGAUGAAGCGACACAGAACGGAGUCACUCAAAAGCUGAAGAAGAAAAAGAGACGCGCUGAGGAAGAGGAAGCAAGUCUGGAGGAGGUCGCAGACAAACCACCGAAAAAACAUAAGAAGAAGAAGCAUCGAGAGACGGAAGAGGACGAUGAAUGA